CAUACAAUAUAGAAAAUAAAAUAUCAUUAAUUUUUCAUACUACACAAUAAAUAUAGAUAGACAUUAAUUCGAGCUAUAAGUAAACUAUUUUAAAUCUAAAACCUCUAGGAAAAGUUUAAACAUUUAGGUGGAGCAUCUCAAGAUAAAUUUUACAAUUAGGCUAAAAUGAAUGUAUAUAUGCAAUUUUUGAUAGCAAUUGUGCUAUGUUCAUCUGUUUCAUCUAUUGUACAAGACUCGAAAAAAAUUACAAGUCCGUAUGACAAUUUAAAAAUAGUAAAAAAGAGACGAGAAUUAGAUGAAGAACACCUUUUGUCCCUAAACAAACUUCUUCAACCCGAAGAUAAUGAAUUAUUUUUUUCAGAAAAUGAUAUAAGUCUUCUAAAUUCUCAAAAAAAGGAAACACUACGAGAAAAGUACAAUAAAAGAAUGGAAUUUUUACACUGUCAAAAUGCAUAUAUACUGAAAUACUUUGAAAGGAAAAUUAUAGAUGGUCUUAUAUUAUGUGAUGGCAGACCAGACCCAAAUAAAAUAGAUGAAUUCAAAGUAUACCUAUCUUAUGUAGAAAAUAUGUUAUCGAUAUUGUAUUAUAAUCGUAUUAAAGCAAGUAAAUGGAUUAUUACGAUUUAUAUGCAACUUUUAGCUGUAGUUACAGAAAAUCAUAUAGUUCUAAAUAAAUAUUUUUUUUCAUCUGGGUCUCUCUUUAGGGAUAUAGAUACAUUUUAUAUGGAUUGUGCACAAAAAAAACUUGUACCAGAUAUAAAAAUGUUUAAUACAAAUAAUUUUAAAAAUAAUGAAAUUAAAAUCCUAGUUGAAUAUUUAUACGAUAAUGAAAAAUUUAAAAAUAUGUACAGCAGUACUUUAUUUACACUAGACAAUAUUACUCUACAAUUUGUAAUGGAAAAUUUCCAGGAAGUAAUUUUUCUAACCUCAAUAAGUAAUAUGUAUGAUUGGUCUGAUGUUAAAGAUUUAAUGGACAAUUUUAAAACUAAGGUUACGAACAUUUAUUUUAACGGUAUAUGGGCUCUUGAGCCUUAUGCCGUCUUUCAAUUUCACUGGAAAAUUCAGCAAAUUAUUUAUACACAUUUUUUACUUCAUAUUUCAUUUCAUUUAAACGUUUUUCGGAAGGAAUCGGGCUUAAAAUUUUUCGUAGGAUCUGAAUCAUUUGUUUCUGAUAUACAAGAGCAAUAUAAAGAUGUGAAUGUCAAAGAAUUAUGGCAAUCACUUGGUGAGCCAUUAAAAAAGAUUAUCAAAUUUUUAGAUUACAAUGAUAAUAUAUUCAAUGAAAUAUUAAAACUUUGUGAGAGGGAUCACCCUAAGUGGUCAUCAUUAGCAAAAUUAGAUUAUCAAGUAAAAUUAAUGGUUGCAAGGUGUAAUAUAGAGCUUAAAAACGCUGAAGAUAAAAAUAUAAUCGCGAAAAACAGAGCAAUAUUACGCAAUUAUGUAUACUUUGAAGAUUGGAAAAUAAAAAAAAAUAUUGACAAUCUUUCACAAUAUCUAUCAAAAAUGACUAAGUUAUUUGAACGAAUUGGAGGAAAUAUAUUCUACUUCAAAUUUCUUGUCGAAGAUUAUUUGUCUAAAUUCAGCAAUCAAUUUAUGCCCUUGGAUGUAAUCUAUUCUAGUGACGCAUUUUUUUAUGAACCAGAAAAUAAAAAAGAUUGAGUUAUCGUCUUAAAUUUAUAUUAUAUAUAAUAAUAAUUGAUAAAAAUUUGAAAUCAUAAAUGAAAAAUCUUUAAAAUAUAUUAAUAAAAAAUUUA